AUGGCAUGCUCGUCUUGUCCACCUUCAGGUUGUGGAUCCCCACCGUGUGCACCUUGCGGUGACUGUCCCCCCGAUACGACGGGGAUAUCGUAUUGUCAAGGAUGCUAUCCCACAUUUGCCUGUGUCCCUGUCUCCGUUUGUCCCGCUUGCCCAUGUGAACCGUGUCCUUGUCAGCCAGUUCCAGUUCCAUGUAUUCCUCAACCUGCAGUCUUAACACCAGUCAUUACACCCAUGCCAUGCUGUCCCUGUCCCUGUCCUCCUAACUGUUCACCACGUGGACAAUUUUGUAAAUAA